AUGGGCAAAUGUGCUUCAUCGUACUGCGCCUGGCCGGCGCUGGCGGCGCUGAUACUCGGGCUGGGCAUAGGUAAUAUCUCAGCUGCUUCCGUCUACAUCGCUUCGGAGCAGUGUUUGGCGCCCCAGCCGUCCGCUACGGUGCCGGACUAUGUGAUGAAAUAUGCUCCGUUGAUCUGGAUACACUCCCAGGACCCCUACCAGCCUUCCGACAUUGGUGCACAGCUCUCACACACGGUUCCCAUGAUAGACCGUGUUGCCAUCCCAAACUCGCCAACUAACAUUACACUAAACAACCUCGACGAGCUUAACAAGCUAGGCGGUAACAAGGUCUGUCUCACCUCGAAGGAAGGCAUACAGGCCCUACCGAAGUGGUUUGGCGGCGUCAAGCCGAACAAGGACGGAAAGACGGAGGGCGCUGUCUCAUCUGCGAUCGUGGUUAGAGAACACGGUGAUGCGGAUCGGACGGUAGAUGCGUUUUAUUUCUAUUUCUACGCAUAUAACCAGGGCAACACGGUCUUAGGCAUCGAGUUCGGCGACCAUGUCGGUGACUGGGAGCACAAUAUGAUUCGCUUCCGCAACGGCACACCCGAGGCCAUCUGGUACAGCCAGCACGCUGCAGGCCAGGCAUUCCAGUUCCAAGCGACAGACAAGCGCGGCGUAAGGCCAAUCGGCUUCAGCGGCAACGGUACUCACGCCGUCUAUGCCACAGCAGGAACACACGACCACACGAUCCCUGGUCUCGAUCUCCCUGCCGGCUUUCUGGAAGACGAAGCAGACGAAGGCACUCUCUGGGACCCGACUUUGAGUGCAUAUGUAUACUCCUACUCCCCGACCACCGGUCUCUUCACUCCCUACGACCCCUCGACUCCCACCAGAUGGCUCUACUUCCAGGGCCGGUGGGGCGACGAGCAACUUCCCGACGACGCUCCGGGACAGGUCGAGCUGUUCGGACAGCGAAAGUAUGCGACUGGCCCUGACGGCCCGAUGUUCAAAGAGCUAGUAAGGGAGAAGGUGUGUCCGAGCGGCGUCAAGCUGUGUCUGGUGCUGCCGUGGGUGACUGCUGUGAAGGAAGAGGAGAGGAAGCAGGUCCUGGCAGGCCUGGUGAAAGAGGAGCUGGAGAGGGAGAGACGCAAGUCUGCCUAA